AUGCCGCCCAAGAAUGCAAGCGUAAACGGAACGACGCGCAAAGGCCCUCAGUUCAAGCCUCCACGACCGGUAAAGGCGCCAGCGAAAGCUUCAACAGCAGCUGCAUCACGCGCAACAGGCGCGUCGAAGAAGCCCAGUGGCCCCACCGCCAGAUCUAGCUUCCAGCCACCAGCAACAAUCAUAUCCUCUGACGAAGAGGAUGCGCAGGAGGACGAGUUCGAUGCGCUGAGCGACGAUCUGAUGGAGGAUGUACCUGCGCCAAAACCCACAAGAACCGUCGAGCCCUUGACAACAGCACAUCCGAUCCCUGCACCACUGCUUGCGCGAUUACUGCACGAGAACUUCGAAGACCCAAACACGCAGAUACAAAAGGGCGCAAUGACCCUGACGGGACGUUAUAUGGAGAUUUUCGUUCGAGAAGCACUUGCGCGAGCCAAGCAUGAGCGCGGGAAGUCAGCGAGGAACGACGGCAUAUCAGAUGGCUUCUUGCAGGUCGAAGAUCUGGAGAAGCUUGCACCACAACUGGUAUUGGACUUUUGA